AUUUUCUUAGGACACUUUAGUGGAAAUUACAGCCUGUGAAGCUUACAGUCUGAUCAGAGAGCACCAUGAAUUUAAACAACUUUGUGGUACUUCCCAGCAAGCCCAAGUCAAUGAAGUUAAAUGUCAGGAAUCUCCGGGAACUGCGUAUGGAAACAGUGCAGCUGGAUCAACACGCUAAGGAGAUGGAGAGCAGACUGGAGGAGCUCAGACAGCGUAUGAACCAGGAGAAAGAGGAGAGGGAGCGGCCAUCCAAACAGUUUUACGACCGACAUAAGAGAAAGAGACAUUUCAAGAGAAUAUGGGAGCGUUCAGCACAGCCCAGGAUUCAGAGCGUCAAGACGAACAAGGAGAACGCACCUCACAGACUCUCUCUGGGUAAGAUGAAGAUUAGAGUGCUGAAGGACGAGCCUGUGCCAGCAGUACAGAAGAAGGUAAUAGCGGAACCAGCUGCCAAGGUACAUGGCACUAACAGGAAGCUCAUCCUGAGGGGAAAAGUCUGUGGAAAGUGUGAAGUUCAGCUGGCUGGACUGAUGUGUGCGGAAUACGGAGGGUAUUAUUGUGUGGGCUGCUUCAUCAGAUUCCACCAGAAGGGGCCAGUGAAGCGCCAUCGUAUGGUUCCCGUACAGGCAGAGCUCCAGACCCCUGUCAGCACUCGGGAUGUGUUGGGCCGCCUCCAGCAGCAGGUAAGCGGCAUGGAGAAUCAACAUUCACGAGGUGCAUCCCAAUCCGCUGAUGAAAGUGAGCCAGAGAAAAGAUCAGCUCCUAGGAGCCUUAAGCCCAUGUCUGAUAACCAAAUGCAGCACACACAGCCUCAGGUGUUGUUAGUGAAUGACGGUGUUGACGUGGAGGAUGAGGAGGCUGCUGAGGAAGAGGACAGCUCUCUGCUGAGAGGAGGCUUUGAUGAAAAGGAGUCAACCAGGUCCUUCCAGGAAGCUCUGAAAGAGUGGAGAGAGAGAGGACAGAGACCAGUGUCUGUGAUGGAAACACAAACAGAGGAAGGAUCCCAGCAGUUAAUUCAUAUGGAGGUCAAGGAGGACACUUUGAGCUACAUGGAGAAACUCCUCCUUAAAAAACACAGCAGAGGACAAAUUGAAGAAUUUCAGCCCCGGUCUGUCGUCCAACGCCAGCCGGAGCCACCCACACCUCCACCCGCAGAGAUGGAUGAACUGAGCCGAAAACUGACAGCAGAGUGGAUGGAGUUGCAUAAAUACUUUACAUCUCUCUUCACGAUCGCUCCUGCUGAGGAUGCUGGGAAUGCGGACAGCCCUUCAGAAUCCUGUUUAAGCAUCGUAGAGUUAGAUGAGCUAAUUCUGAACCCCACCACCCUAGUUUCUGGAUGA